AUGGCAGACGUAGAACAGCCAGACGUCUCAGCCGAGCCUCAGGCCAGACAUGUAACAUACUGCGGUGAGGCGUUAGAAGCUGCAACCGCAUCCUUAUCCGUCGAAGCGCAAAAGAGAGCGGCCAAAGACGCACAGAAGAAGACUGCAAAGGCCGAGGCCGCCGAGGCGAAGCAGGCCGAUAAGAUAGCCAACAGCGUGGUUACCAUUAAGCGCAUUGAGCGGAAUAAGAAGAAAUUUGUCACGGCGGUCAUUGGACUGGAGGCGUUUGGUCUGGAACUGAAAAAGGUGGCCAAAGAUCUCGGCAAAAAGUUCGCCACUGGCUCGUCAGUGACCAAGAUCCCCAGUGGGGGCGAAGAAAUCGUGGUGCAGGGCGAUGUUAGCGACGAGUUGGAGGAGUUCAUCUUGGAGAAGUACAAGGAGAUACCCGCGGACAACAUCGAGCUUGUGGAUGACAAGAAGAAGAAGAAGGCAGCGACAUAA